AUGAUAACUAUAUUGUUCUUUGUUCUUGUUCUUCAUAUAGAAUUUACACAACAUGCAUCCGUUGAUAGUUUAACUAAAAGUAAAGAUUGUAUCUAUAAUGAUGGAAGAUUUGGUAUAAUUAAUUUAUCUCAUGUUGGUUUAAAACAAGGCAUACCUGCUUUUCGACAUAUUCGUAAAGAUGAUUAUGUUUAUUCAUUCAAUCCAUGUUAUGCAUUUUCUGAAGAACCUACAUGUAUUAACGUAGCUAUAUGUCAAACAGCCAAGGAUGAAUCAGCUUCUUAUAUUCUUGCUUACAAUUCUAUUGUAACAUGGUCAAUAAGUAUAGAUGGAAAAGUUACACUAGUUUAUGCUACAACUGAACGACAAUCAAUUGUUAAUCUUGUUUGUUCAGACGAAAUUGAUCAACUUAUUAUUAAUGAAGAAUAUGAACGAAAUCAUUAUAAUUUCACUUUAACUAGUAAAUGUGCUUGUUGGGAUAAAUGUUAA